AUGGAGGAAAGGGGUCAGGAAGGAAAUGGAGAUGAAGUUCCAUCAUCUAUAAAUAACCUGUAUAGAGAGUUGAAGGUCACUAGUGAAUCUCGAGGUCAAAAGGUUAUCAGAAAGGUCAAAGGAGAGUCAUCCUCAGGAGUCACACCCCCAGGAGAGUCAUCCCCAGGAGUCACACCCCCAGGAGAGUCAUCCUCAGGAGUCACACCCCCAGGAGAGUCAUCCCCAGGAGUCACACCCCCAGGAGAGUCAUCCUCAGGAGUCACACCCCCAGGAGAGUCAUCCUCAGAGUCACACCCCCAGGAGAGUCAUCCCCAGGAGUCACACCCCAGGAGAGUCACCCUCAGGAGUCACACCCCCAGGAGAGUCAUCCCCAGGAGUCACACCCCAGGAGAGUCAUCUCAGGAGUCACACCCCAGGAGAGUCAUCCCCAGGAGUCACACCCCAGGAGAGUCAUCCUCAGGAGUCACACCCCCAGGAGAGUCAUCCCCAGGAGUCACACCCCCAGGAGAGUCAUCCUCAGGAGUCACACCCCCAGGAGAGUCAUCCCCAGGAGUCACACCCCCAGGAGAGUCAUCCUCAGGAGUCACACCCCCAGGAGAGUCAUCCCCAGGAGUCACACCCCCAGGAGAGUCAUCCCCAGGAGUCACACCCCAGGAGAGUCAUCCCCAGGAGUCACACCCCCAGGAGAGUCAUCCCCAGGAGUCACACCCCAGGAGAGUCAUCCCCAGGAGUCACACCCCCAGGAGAGUCAUCCUCAGAGUCACACCCCGGAGAGUCAUCCCCAGGAGUCACACCCCAGGAGAGUCAUCCUCAGGAGUCACACCCCCAGGAGAGUCAUCCCCAGGAGUCACACCCCCAGGAGAGUCAUCCUCAGGAGUCACACCCCCAGGAGAGUCAUCCCCAGGAGUCACACCCCCAGGAGAGUCAUCCUCAGGAGUCACACCCCCAGGAGAGUCAUCCCCAGGAGUCACACCCCCAGGAGAGUCAUCCCCAGGAGUCACACCCCCAGGAGAGUCAUCCCCAGGAGUCACACCCCAGGAGAGUCAUCCCCAGGAGUCACACCCCAGGAGAGUCAUCCCCAGGAGUCACACCCCAGGAGAGUCAUCCCCAGGAGUCACACCCCCAGGAGAGUCAUCUCCCAGGAGUCACACCCCAGGAGAGUCAUCCCCAGGAGAGUCAUCCUCAGGAGUCACACCCCAGGAGAGUCAUCCCAGGAGUCACACCCCAGGAGAGUCAUCCCCAGGAGUCACACCCCCAGGAGAGUCAUCCUCAGAGUCACACCCCAGGAGAGUCAUCCUCAGGAGUCACACCCCAGGAGAGUCAUCCCCAGGAGUCACACCCCCAGGAGAGUCAUCCCCAGGAUCACACCCCAGGAGAGUCAUCCCCAGGAGUCACACCCCCAGGAGAGUCAUCCCAGGAGUCACACCCCAGGAGAGUCAUCCUCAGGAGUCACACCCCCAGGAGAGUCAUCCCAGGAGUCACACCCCCAGGAGAGUCAUCCUCAGGAGUCACACCCCCAGGAGAGUCAUCCCCAGGAGUCACACCCCAGGAGAGUCAUCCCCAGAGUCACACCCCCAGGAGAGUCAUCCCCAGGAGUCACACCCCAGGAGAGUCAUCCCCAGGAGUCACACCCCAGGAGAGUCAUCCCCAGGAGUCACACCCCAGGAGAGUCAUCUCAGGAGUCACACCCCAGGAGAGUCAUCUCAGGAGUCACACCCCAGGAGAGUCAUCCCCAGGAGUCACACCCCCAGGAGAGUCAUCCCCGAGAGUCACACCCCCAGGAGAGUCAUCCCCAGGAGUCACACCCCCAGGAGAGUCAUCCCAGGAGUCACACCCCAGGAGAGUCAUCCUCAGGAGUCACACCCCAGGAGAGUCAUCCCCAGGAGUCACACCCCAGGAGAGUCAUCCCAGGAGUCCACACCCCAGGAGAGUCAUCCCCAGGAGUCACACCCCAGGAGAGUCAUCCCCAGAGUCACACCCCCAGGAGAGUCACCCCCAGGAGUCCACACACCCAGGAGUCACCACCAGGAGCCAGAGAUUCACCCACAGGAACCAGGAGUCACUCCCCAGGAGAGUUACACACCCAGGAGUCACACCCCCACAGGAAAGUCACACCCCACAGGAGAGUCACACCCCCAGGAGAGUCACACCCCCACAGGAGAGUCACACCCCAGGAGAGUCACACACCCAGGAGUCACACCCCACAGGAGUCACACCCCCACAGGAGAGUCACUCCCCAGGAGAGUCACACACCCAGGAGUCACACCCCCACAGGAUAGUCACACCCCAGGAGAGUCACACCCCCACAGGAGAGUCACACCCCGGAGAGUCACACACCCAGGAGUCACACCCCACAGGAGUCACACCCCCACAGGAGAGUCACCCCCCAGGAGCCCACACCCAGGAGUCACACCCCACAGGAAAGUCACACCCCAGGAGUCACCCCCAGGAACCAGGAGAUUCACCCACAGGAACCAGGAGUCCCCCCAGGAGAGUCACACCCCACAGGAGAGUCACACCCCAGGAGAACAAACACCCAGGAGUCACACCCCACAGGAGUCACACCCCACAGGAGAGUCACCUCCCAGGAGAGUCACACACGCAGGAGUCACACCCCACAGGAAAGUCACACCCCAGGAGAGUCACACCCCACAGGAGAGUCACCUCCCAGGAGAGUCACACACCCAGGAGACACACCCCAGGAACCAGGAGAUUCACCCACAGGAACCAGGAGUCACCCCCAGGAGAGUCACACCCACAGGAGAGUCACACUCAGAGACUCCACACACCCAGGAGUCACACCCCACAGGAGUCACACCCCACAGGAGUCACACCCAGGGAGAGUCACACACCCAGGAGUCACACCCCACAGGAGAGUCACACCCCAGGAGAGUCACACACCCAGGAGUCAUACCCCACACAGGAGUCACACCCCCAGGAGAGUCACACUCAGGAGAGUCACACCCACAGGAGUCACACUCCAGAGAGUCACACACCAAGGAGUCACAACCCCACAGGAGAGUCACACCACAGGAGUCACACAGGAGAGAGUCACACCCCCAGGAGAGCCACACCCCAAAGGAGUCACCCCAGAGGUCACCCCCAGGAGAGUCACCCCCAGAACCAGGAGAUUCACCCACAGGAACCAGGAGUCACCCCCAGGAGAGUCACACCCCACAGGAGAGUCACACACCCCCACAGGAGAGUCAGGAGUCACACCCCCACAGGAGAGUCACACCCCCACAGGAGAGUCACACCCCACAGGAGAGUCACACUAUAGGAGAGUCACACCCCCACAGGAGAGUCACCCCAGGAGAGUCACACCCCCUAGUAAUGGACAGCGGCUAA